GUGUUUCGAGGCGUAUCAGACAACAACCGGACACCACAAGAGGUGGAAGUACUACAGUGAGUUUUCAAUUAUAUUAUUCCUAAGCAGCCCGACCUUCUGUGCCAGUGUGUAUAAAGGUUGACACCGUAAAGAGCUUGUGAAGCUGCGCUAAAUAUUCUCAAGUUACAAUCUAUAAAUAUAAAUUACUCUAGACUGAACAACAAUGAUGAAGUCGAUAUUCUUCGGGGUCGUAGCCAUUGCUGUUGCCUUCCUAUCGUUCUAUCAGGAAACAGCCCAGGCCCAAGAGCAGACAGGAUCUGCACCGGCCGAAUAUAAAUGGGAUGCAAUGGAUGACCAGUGUCGACAGGCGCUACAUGGUCAGAUCAAUAAAGAGUUUGACGCGUCUAUCAUAUAUCUGAAAUACGCCGCGUUCUUUGCCCAGGAGAAGAUUAAUCUGCCUGGGUUUGAGAAAUUCUUUUUCCAUGCCGCCGGUGAGGAACGCGAGCAUGGCAUCAAGCUGAUCGAGUACGCCCUUAUGCGUGGUCAUGAACCCGUGGACAAGCUAAAGUUUAAUCUCGACUAUAGCUACCGUGUCCCAUCCAGUACCGACGGAGAGGCUGCUCUCCGCGCUGCUCUCCAGCAAGAGGAAAAAGUUACACAGAGCAUUCGGGAGGUUAUCAAAGCUUGUGAGACUGGCACCAAUGAUUACCACCUGGUCGAUUACCUAACUGGUGAGUACCUGGAUGAACAGCACAAGGGACAACGUGAGCUGGCCGAGAAAAUCGAAACCCUCCGAAAGAUGAAGAAGACAGCACCCAAACUGGGAGAAUUCCUGUUCGACAAGAGCCAUAUGUAAAAACAGACGCUAUCUGCAAAGAAGGUGCGCGGAGUGGUGCUUUCAGCUUAGGCACAGUUCAAAUAUCAAUAUUGUGUUUGCGUUAAUGAUGUUGAAAGAGAUUAGAAAUUGUCGUUUACCUAGAACAAAGCGCUGAAACAAAAUAAAUUACCACGUAUAACUGAUACCACUCCGAUUAGAUCUUUUUUAUUUUCGCGUUCGAUUACGAAUCGCUUAUCAAAGUGUAAAUUGACUUACGGAGUGCUUGUUGAGGCAUUGAUGUGAUCUCGUACGAGACAAUUGAAAUAAAUUGUGCCACAAGGUGCAUCCGAGCUCGCAUAGUGAUAAGCCAUAAUUCCAUAGCAUGGUAAAUUGGUACUAAUAAAAUACUUUAGUUCAAGACUGA